AUGUCCGCUCACGACGUUAAUGAACAAACCGGAGUGGACAUGCUGAAAGCAAGGCGCAGUACCACACUCGCGCUCGAUACCAUUCGUAGCUUCCUUCACAACGGCGAAGAUCAAUGGGAAACAAGGCGUAAGGUAACACAAAUUCUGGAACGUGACGCGGUAUUCGACAAGGCCAGAAGAGAAUUCAUGUCAAGAACAGAAAGGUAUACCCGAGGCAUGGCCCUAACAAACCGUGUGUACGAGCUGCAAGAGCUUCACAGUUGGACCCAACAUGAGACGAGCAUAGCAAUUGCGACACUGGAUGAGCAACUUCCUAUCAGUCUGCAUAACGUUGCCUUCCAACCCGUCUUUAUGCUUCAAGCAUCCCCUCCUCUCUUGGCGAAAUAUUCUGAUCUUAUUGCCACGAAAGGUAUUUUGGGAUGCUAUUUGCAGACUGAACUCGGGCAUGGUACCAAUGUAUCGCGUUUGGAAACAACAGCUACAUUCAUUCCGGAGACGCAAGAGUUCGAAAUCCACUCUCCAACCACCACAAGCAGCAAGUGGUGGAUCGGAGGCUUGGGGAAAACGGCCACACAUGGUGUUGUACAAGCAAAGUUGAUAUUACCUGGUGGGAAAGACUUUGGGCCACAUCUUUUUUUUGUCCAGCUAAGAUCAAUGCAUGACCACAAGGUACUUCCUGGGAUUAAAAUUGGCGACAUUGGUCCGAAGGCGCUUGGUGGUUUCUCCCCAACAGACAACGGCUUUGCGGUUUUCGAUCAUGUUCGAAUACCCAAAGAACAUAUGCUCUCAAAAUUUGCUCAAGUGACCAGAGAUGGUGAAUAUGUAAAGCCUCCUCAUGCAAAACUUAGCUAUGGUGGAAUGCUCUACAUUCGUGCCAAUAUGGUGACAAGUGGCGGCUGGUUAAUGGCAAAGGCUGCGACGGUGGCAAUCCGUUAUGCGACCGUUCGUCGUCAAGGCGAAAUAGGACCGGACGGACUUGAACGUCAGAUCAUAACAUAUCCCUCAGUGUACUACCGUAUCCUCCCAAUUCUCUCUCAUGCUUAUGUGUUUAUCCGACUUGGAAAGACCUUAACUAAGGCCUUCGAUACCCUUGCAGGCAACCUAUCCAGGGGGGACACUUCAUUACUGGCAGAGAUGCAUGCGAUUACGAGUGGGCUGAAAGUUGUGGUAUCAAGCACUGGAGUUCAAGACCUCGAAAUAGCACGCCGUUCUAUGGGCGGACAUGGGUAUAGCGCGUUUGCUGGCUUGGGCAGGCUCUAUGCCGAUUACCUUCCAAGCGUAACUUACGAAGGGGACAACUUCGUGCUAGACCAACAAGUUGUGCGCGCCGCACUGAAAUCUUAUAGAUCAUUGUUCUCCGAAAGCAAAGAGUCUACCACGCAAUCUCUUCUGCCAUCAUCGCGCUACCUUCGUCUCUUGAUUCCCCCCACUAGGUCACUUCCAUCAUUUACUGAAGAUGAUUUCAGGUCUCCCACCACGUCUAUCCUGCUCCUUGAGUGGCGCGCAGCACUAAUCGUGGAAAAGAAUGCACGUACCGUAGAUGAUCCUGACGCUAGCAUCAACCAACGCGUCGCCAAGGCCGUCACAGAAGCUUUCAUUGCUGCGCAAAUUGGGGAAAUUAUCAAUACUCUUGGGUCUACGGGGAUGACAGAGAGUGAACAGAUCAUUGUAGGAAAAGUGUAUCUUCUCUACCUUGUCACAACAGUCGAGGCUGGGCUUGUAGAUCUUCUUUCCUUUAACAUCCUCAACAGCAGCGGUGGCUCUCGAGACCCAACGCGCUCGGUGCGGAUGACUAUUAAGAAACUUUGCACAGAGCUGCUACCGGAAGCUAUUGGUCUAAGUGACGCCUUCGGUUUUACUGACUGGGAGCUUGACAGCGCACUCGGCGUUUAUGAUGGGAAGGUGUAUGAAGCGCUCUGGAAAUGUGUUCAAUCCGAGCCUUUGAAUCAGACAGAGGUACCGACUGCUUAUGAGGAAUCCAUCAAGCCUAUGCUGUUACGUGGUCAACGACAGGCUCGACCGAAGCUAUAA